AUGAACAACCCAGUAGCCGAAAAUGUGCUCGGCACUCUAGGCGCGGUUUGCUGGUCGAUCCAGCUUCUCCCUCAGAUUAUUAUCAAUUACAGGAGACAUGAUACCGAAGGCCUCCAAGGAUCCAUGAUGCUAUUAUGGGCCUCAGCGGGUGUUCCACUGGGCGUGUACAACAUCGUUGAAGAAUUUAACAUUGCGCUUCGGGUUCAGCCUCAGAUAUUGACAACUUUGAGUUUGAUUACUUGGGCUCAGUGUUUGUAUUAUGGGAAGAAAUACUCGAUCGUGAAAUGCAGUGCUGCGGUUACUUCCCUGCUUCUGAUACUAGGUGGUAUUGAAGUAGGGCUUGUUUUUGCUUUGCGCGCUGCAAAGGAUCAGGAGCUUGAGUGGCCUCUUGUUCUUAUGGCCGUUUUGAGCGCUUGUCUGCUUGCCGCUGGUGUUCUAACACAUUAUUGGGAUAUCUAUGUUCACCGGACUGUUCGGGGGAUUAGCUUUCUCUUUGUUGGUAUUGAUGCUGCUGGGGAUUUGUUCUCCCUGGUCUCUGUUCUAUUUGGGCGGUCUAUUGAUGUUCUAGGGAUAAUCAUUUAUGGCACGGAAUUGGUAUUGUGGAUUGGUAUAUUUAUCUGUGGGGGUAUUUUCAACCUCUUCCCUUGGAUCAAGAAGCGAUCCAGCAAGCGCGCUCUUGAUCAAGAGCCGGUUCUUCUACAUCCGAUGCCAUCAUCAACGUCUGUGUUUAGGACUGCAUCUGGAUCUCAGGUCGUGGAAAGGAGAGCAUGGCAGAACUCAUCAUGA